UAAAACUCCGGAGUAAUUCAUCUUUGACAACUACACGAUCUUCGCUGCAACUCUUUGGACAUAAAACCAGCAACUCCGCAAAGAUUUAAGCUGCCAUCCAACUCAGCUGGGCUGACAGGAGAGAAGGGGAGAACAACACCCCUGGUCUCCCUUAGCUGAUCCUGAGUUACCCUGCUAGCCAUGGAUGACAGCUCCUCACUGGGUAAAGUCAGCAGCUCAACCGAGUCCGUGGCCACCGUCACCAGUGAAGAGUUUGUUCUGGUUCAGUCCAGCCUGGCCGGUUCACCACAGAGCUCUGAGGGCAGACCGAGACUCAAGAUGUCCUGGAAUGGAAGUGAUCAGCUUGAAAAGGCAAUGGAGGAGGUGUUGGAUGAUGAUGAUGAGGUGAAGGUAGAAAAGAGCUGUGUGGAACAGAUGGAGAAGCACAAAGAACCCGAAAGCCAAGAGCCUGUGACCCAACCCACAGAAGCAUGUCCAGCACCAUCCAGUCCCAGUGUCAUAGAAGAGGACAGCGUCCAAUUCAACAAGCUAUCAUACCUGGGUUGCACGUGGGUCAAAGCCCCUCGCAACGAAGCAGAGGCUCAGAAAGCUAUGGCGACCCUGCGAGCGGAGAGUGCCAUCCCGAUUCCCAUCACCCUGCAUGUUCCCUGUGGCCCAGAUGGUUCUGUCAGAAUCGUCGACCAGGCCUCAGGGACAGAGAUCGCCUCCUUCCCCAUCUACAAGGUGUUGUUCUGCGCCCGAGGGCGGGAGGGCUCUGUGGAAAGUGACUGUUUCUCCUUUACUGAGAGUUACCGAAGUUCAGAGGACUUCCAGAUUCACGUUUUCUCCUGUCAAAUCAAAGAGGCUGUCAGCCGCAUCCUUUACAGUUUCUCCACCGCCUUCCGGCGCUCCUCGCAGCGAGCCGACAUCCGGGACCAAACGCUCUCUGGUCCCCCUGACGGUGAUCUCUACACCUUCAUGGUCUCACUGGAGAUCAAGGAAGAUGAUGGCAAAGGCAACUACAACCCCGUGCCAAAAGACCGGGAUAAGUUUUACUUCAAGCUGCGGCAGGGGGUCCAGAAGAAGGUGCUGGUUUCUGUUCAACAAUUGUGCAACAAGGAACUGGGCAUCGAAAGGUGUUUUGGGAUGCUGCUAAGUCCUGGACAGAAAGUCUGCAACAGUGACAUGCAUCUUCUUGACAUGGAAUCGAUGGGAAAGAGCUCGGAUGGAAAGGCCUACAUCAUCACAGGAACGUGGAAUCCCAACAUGGCAGCUUUCCAGCCACUUAAUGAAGACACACCUAAAGAUAAGCAAAUCUACAUGACCGUGGCGGUGGACCUGGUGGUGACAGAAGUGGUGGAACCUGUUCGCUUCCUGUUGGAGACCCUCGUCAGGGUUUAUCCAUCAAACGAGCGCUUCUGGUACUUCAGCCGAAAGACCUUCAGCGAAACCUUUUACCUCAAACUGCGACAGCAGGCCCCUGACAGAGUGAGUCAGAGUGAUGCUGUGUAUGAAGUGGUGAGCCUUCAGAGGGAGGCAGAGAGAAAAAGCGAGGAAAGAGAGCGGGUCACCUCCCAAAAUGAGGAAGAAGAUGUCGAUGAAGACAGUGACAGUGAAAUCUCCAGUGGAACUGGAGAUGUUUCCAAAGAUUGUCCGGAGAAAAUACUGGAGUCCUGGGGAGGAAUCCUCACCAGAUGGCACGGGAACCUGUCCACUCGUCCGAAGGGUUUACCCUCGUUGGUCCGCAGUGGCAUUCCUGAGCCACUUAGAGCUGAAGUCUGGCAGCUGCUGGCUGGGUGCCAUGACAACCAUGACCUGCUUGAACACUACCGCAUCCUCAUCACCAAGGAUUCUGCACAGGAAAGCGUCAUCACCCGUGACAUCCACCGUACUUUUCCAGCUCAUGACUACUUUAAAGAAUCUGAUGGAGAUGGGCAGGAUUCAUUGUAUAAGAUCUGCAAGGCUUAUUCUGUCUAUGAUGAGGAAAUUGGUUACUGUCAAGGCCAGUCUUUCUUGGCUGCUGUUCUUCUUCUACAUAUGCCAGAGGAACAAGCCUUCUGUGUGUUGGUGAAAAUAAUGUACGAUUAUGGCCUCAGAACUUUGUACAAGAACAACUUUGAAGACCUUCACUGCAAGUUCUAUCAGCUUGAAAAGCUGAUGCAGGAACAGCUCCCAGACCUUUGGGCCCACUUCCAGGAGCUGAACCUGGAAGCACACAUGUAUGCCUCCCAGUGGUUCCUCACCCUCUUUACGGCCAAGUUUCCCCUCUGCAUGGUUUUCCACAUCACUGACUUGCUGCUUUGCGAGGGAUUAAGUAUCAUCUUCAAUGUGGCCCUGGCCCUGCUCAAGACAUCCAAAGAGGACCUCCUGCAGGCAGACUUUGAGGGGGCCCUCAAGUUUUUCAGAGUGCAGCUCCCUAAGCGCUACAGAGCAGCAGAGAACGCCCGGCGGCUUAUGGAGCAGGCCUGCAACAUAAAGGUUCCAACCAAAAAGCUGAAAAAGUUUGAGAAGGAGUAUCAGUCGCUGAGAGAGAGCCAGCUCCAGCAAGAAGACCCCAUCGAUCGAUACCAGAGGGAGAACCGCCGACUACAAGAAGCCAGCAUGAGGUUGGAGCAAGAGAAUGACGAUCUGGCACAUGAGCUGGUCACCAGUAAGAUCGCCCUCCGGAAUGACCUGGACCAGGCUGAAGACAAGGCUGAUGUUUUGAACAAAGAGCUGCUGAGCACCAAACAGCGUCUGGUGGAGACGGAGGAGGAGAAGAGACGGCAAGAGGAGGAGACUGCCCAGCUGAAGGAGGUGUUCAGGAGGGAACUGGAGAAGGCAGAGAUGGAAAUCAAGAAAACCACAGCCAUCAUAGCUGAGUACAAACAGAUCUGCUCCCAGCUGAGCACCAGGCUGGAAAAACAGCAGGCGGCAACUAAAGAGGAGCUCGACAUCGUCAGGAAUAAAGUCAUGAGCUGUGAGAACUGCAAGGAUCUGUUCAGCACACUGGGCUCCCUGCAAGCUUCCUCCCCCGGCAGCGACAGGACAUCCAGCGAGCCUCAAGACGAGGAGAAGGACGGGCUGAAGGAGCAGCUCCGACAGCUGGAGCUGGAGCUGGCUCAGACCAAACUGCAGCUGGUGGAGGCAAAGUGCAGAAUCCAGGAGCUGGAGCAUCAGCGAGGAGUCCUGAUGACUGAAAUCCAAGCUGCUAAGAACUCAUGGUUCAGCAAGACUCUGGGAUCUCUGAAGAACUCAGCCUCCUCCUCCUCCUCCUCCAGCUCAACAUCCCAGACUCCGUCCUCUCCGAAGGACGGGCCUGCCUAGCUGAACCUCCAUCACCCUCAGUUCCCCUGCAGAAUGCACACUAGCAAUGCGAACAAAGGCUGAAGAAACUAUUGAAGGAGAUAUGCAGUGUUCCUUUUUUUUAACAGAUGGGGAAAAAAAUAAGAGCUCUGGAUUCGUGGACCACAAACAGAAGAAGAAAAAAGGCAGGAAUGUAUUUUGCUCCCAAAAAACACUAGAAAGACUAGUUAUGUUCCACUUUUUACAGCUACAGAGUUUAAUGAAGGUGAAUCUUCAUCAAAUUCUUAGAUUGUUUAAUCUGUUUCCAUAAAAUCAGAAUUCAUGGAUCCUAAAGAUCAGUUAGCUCCAUCUUGUGGACAAUUGUUGCUACUGCAGAAAUAUUAGCUAGAAACUUUAUCAGUUUUUCUAGCUAAACUAUUACAAAACAUUUGAGCAUAAGUUCAAAACUACUAUAGUGCUCCAUCACAGUAGUUUUAUACAUCUACUAUUAAAAAUAUAACAAUUCACAUCCACCGUCUUUAACACAGAAACACCCAGCUCUCUGAAGAAAGGAAUACUGCCUAUUGUAGUAAAUUAAAGCAUCACAGAAGUUGCAUUUCUUUAUAGUAAUAUAACGUAAACAAUAUGGUCUUAUAAAUAUGUGUAACUAAUUGUUGACUUUUUUUAUUUUAAAUAAUCUUGUACAGUUCUUUAAGGAAAAAAACAAACAGAAAUGUUCUUAUUUUUCUUUUCUACCGUGUGGAAGAUGAUCGUCAUCUCCGUAGAUGUUGAUGUAAGCACAGUGUGUGAGGGAUCGGGUCCAACGCAGAGGAGCCAGAAAGAGAAGCCCUGCCGAAACUUUCUGUUCACUCUACCUGGUUUUCUACCUUGUUGUUUCAGCUGUAUUUAUAAGACGUAAAUGCUUGUUUUGGUUUUUCUUUUUUUUUUUUUACCGGUUCACUUUAAUUUGUGGUUCAUAGUUUACUCAUAAAAUACCAGGUUAAUGAUGUCUAGAGGCCAAAUUCAAUUCAAACUUUAGACAAAUAUGAAGUUCUGUUACGCACUAUAUGUUAGCUUUAAGAGUUAGCUGUCAGGAGACAACGAGGCAUUGGCCAUUAUUGGAAUCUUGCAGUAUGAUAAUGUAAAGAAAGAAUGUUAUGGUAUUUCCAAAAAGGUUUAAAACAAAUAUGUAUACCAUGACCUAAUCACCUUCAUUUAAAACUGAAAGGCAAAAACUAUUCCUGCUUUUGCUCAAAUAUUAAUUAUUAGCUUUAUUCUAUAGCUAUCAUUAUUUUGAUGCAUAAACAUAAAAUUAAUAUUGGCUAAAUUGGUAGUUUUGAAGUAAAAAUGAGCAUGAAAUUAUAAUUUCACUGUUAGGACAAGUUUAUACCAGCUGGUUUACUAGUUUGGUUGUUUGCUUUGUAGCCAGUCUGCAGUGAGCAACAGUAGCUCACCAGCUGCUAUUUCAAAUUGGUAAUACUUCAAUAGGAGGGAUGGGUGGUGCUCCUUUCUGUAUCGCAUGUUACGGGGUUUAUUGUAGCCAGAAAUUAUUACAAAUACAUCUGUCUCUUGUAAGCAAGAGAGAACAAUAUCUGAAGUCCACUUUUAUUCAGCCAGCUGAAUGGCAGUGCACAGCAACAUGUGGUUGAGUGCUAUGUUUUGUGCUGUUAUUCCCACUUAUUCAAAGGGAUUAGAGGUUGUUUUUGUCUUUUUUCUACAAUGUUUUGCUCAAUUUCUUUGGAUAAAUGACAUUUCUAGGCUGCUGGUCUUUUGAUUCUAACUGCAACUUUUC